AUGAUGAGCCCAUCCUGGGAAAACCAAACAAUGAGCGUGGAAUUUGUACUUCGAGGAUUCUCUUCCAUCCAACAGCUAAAUAUUUCCCUCUUUAUAAUAUUUUUAGUUUUCUACACCUUAACUCUUUCUGGAAACAUCCUUAUUGUCUUUCUAGUUUUGUUCAACCAUCACCUCCACACCCCCAUGUACUUCUUCCUGGUGAACUUGUCCUUUCUGGAGAUCUGGUAUACCUCCAACAUUGUCCCCAAGAUGUUACUGAUUAUCAUAGCCAAACAGAGGACAAUCUCCGUGGCUGGCUGCCUGGCACAGUUCUACUUCUUUGGGUCUCUGGCUGCUACAGAGUGUCUCUUGCUUGCUGUGAUGUCCUAUGAUCGCUACCUGGCCAUCUGCCAGCCUCUUCGCUACCCCAUCCUCAUGACUGACUCCCUCUGCAUCAGGCUAGCAGCCAGCUCUUGGUUCUCCUGCUUCCUCCUCACAGCAAUCACCAUGGUCCUGCUGUGUAGACUAACCUUCUGUGGACUCAAUGAAAUUGAUCACUUCUUUUGUGACUUCACGCCUCUGAUCCAUCUCUCCUGCACGGAUACCUCACUUACGGAGACCAUUGCCUUUGCCACCUCUUCUGCAGUGACUCUGGUCCCAUUUCUCCUUAUUAUGGGCUCCUACUCCUGCAUCCUCGUUGCUAUCCUAAGAAUCCCAUCUGGCACAGGCCGGAGAAAAACCUUCUCCACAUGCUCCUCCCACCUCACUGUGGUCUCAGUGUUUUAUGGGACACUGAUUGUCACUUACCUCGUACCCUCAGCCCACUCAUCCCAACUCUUGCGCAAAGGGUUCUCUCUGCUCUACACCAUCCUGACGCCCAUGCUUAACCCCAUCAUCUAUAGCCUGAGAAACAGAGACAUCCAUGAAGCUCUGAAGAAGUGCUUGAGUAAGAAGUCAGGCUUCUUCAGAUAA